AUGACGGAGAGAAAAUCUCUUCUGAAAAAUUGCCCGCGCCUCAAAGUCCUUUCGUUAAUUGUCCCGAUAUUUUCUAUUUAUUCAUUCCAAAAGAACAAACAACAUCAGAGAAGACCGUCUUUAUCCACCCUAUCUCUCCCACUUUUUUCUUUCUUUCGUCUGUUCAUUCUUUCUUUCUUUUCUCUCUUUUCUCUGUCUCUUUUUCUCUUUUCUCCCUAUUUAAUUUAUGCACCAGUGUCUUUUCAAUCUCUGCAAGUUAUUUAUUUUCCGUUCGUUUUCUUUCCUUUUCUAUUUGGCUUUCUUCCUUUUUAUCUUUCUGUCGCUUCUUAUGUCUUUCUCUCUUAUUCUCUCUCUUCUCCUGGACAUUUUUUUUUCUUCAUUUAUCUAUCUUUCUCUCACUCUCUCUUGUUUAUUGCUCCAUUAUUGUCUCUUUUCUUAUUUACCGUUUCAGAUACCUCUUUCGCUUUCUUUCAUUUCCAGUCUCUCUCUUCUCCUCUCUUUAUUCCUCUCUGUCUCUCCCUCUCUCUCUUUCUGUAUAUUUAUUUUCUAUUUUAUAUCGUCUUCACUGUUUAUUUUCUCUCCCUUUUCGUUGUCUACUUCCCCAUUAAUUUUUAUUUCUUUCUUCUUUUAUCUCACUCCCUCUCUCUCUCACACUCUCUACCUUUCUUUUCUAUUGUCCCUCUUCUUCAUCACCUUUUAUUUCUCACUACCUUUAUCUUUCCCUCUUUCUCUCUCUCUCUCUCUCUCUCUCUCUCUGUCUUUUGUUUCUCUCUGUCUCUGUCUGUCUGUCUGUCUGUCUCUCUCUCUUUAUUUAUUUUCUAUUAUAUAUCUUCUUCACAGUUUAUUUUUGUCUUCUUUUCCGUUGUCUACUUCUCCGUUAAUUUUUAUUUCUCAUUUCCUUUAUCUUUCUCUCUUUCUACCUUUCUUUUCUAUUGUCCCUCUUCUUCAUCACCUUUCAUUUCUCACUACCUUUAUCUUUCCCUCUUUCUCUCUCUCUCCUUUCCUACCUCCCUGUCUUUUGUUCAUUAUUCGACUUCAUUUGCUAACGAUCAUUCUACACCAAAAUGUAUAUAUGAACUAAGCAUUUUCAAGUCUGGUUCAAGGUUAUACAAGUAG